UAUGAUGAAUGAAUAUAAUAGUCUUUGAUUCCAAUUGCCUUUUGUUUACCAAGUCUAUAGCUCUAUCGUUCACUUCACGUCAUAGCAACUACAUAUAUUUUUCUAGUAUUUUUUUGAUAUCCUCCCUCCUCUUAGCUAGCUACUACAUGAUGAUAUGAUGAUGACCUCAAAACCCAAAGUCUUCUCUCUCGUCUAUCUAUUUUAAGUCUCCUUCUAAUUAACUUUUCUAGUUUCUGCAAAUUAUAUUUCAUUUCGUAAAAAACACAGAUGGCUAUGAAUACUACUGCAUCUAUGUUUCAUGUAUUUAUUAUCAUCUUAACACAAGUCCUUUUAUUACUAGUAGUUGAACAAGUGGAAUCCAGAUUUGUUGUUGAAAAGAGCAGCAUAAGCGUCCUUUCUCCAACUGACCUCCGUUCUAAGCACGACGCUGCUAUUGCCAACUUUGGCGUCCCCGAUUACGGCGGAUCUUUGGUCGGCACUCUCUUCUACCCUCCAACCGGCUUCACCGGCUGCUCUCCCUUCGACGGAGACAAACCCUUCAAGUCUAAGUCCCCACGUCCCUCUAUUCUUCUUCUUGAUCGCGGAGAUUGCUACUUUGCGUUGAAGGUGUGGAACGCACAGCAGGCCGGAGCAUCGGCGGUUCUAGUGGCUGACACUAUAGACGAGCCCCUCAUCACCAUGGAUACCCCUGAAGAGAGCACCGAUACCAACGGAUACAUAGACAAGAUCGAAAUCCCUUCAGCAUUGAUCGAGCGCUCCUUUGGCCAGUCGCUCAAAGAUUCCCUCAAGAAAGGCGAUGAUGUGGUGGUCAAAAUAGACUGGACUGAGUCAAUGCCCCAUCCCGAUCAAAGGGUCGAAUACGAGCUGUGGACUAACAGCAACGACGAGUGUGGGAUUCGGUGCGAUGACCAGAUGAAUUUCGUCAAGAAUUUCAAAGGGCACGCACAAAUUCUUGAAAAGGGAGGUUACACGCAGUUCACACCACACUACAUAACUUGGUACUGUCCAGAAGCUUUCAUUCUGAGCGAUCAAUGCAAGUCUCAGUGCAUUAACCAUGGCAGAUAUUGUGCACCUGAUCCAGAGCAGGAUUUUACACAGGGGUAUCAGGGUAAAGAUGUUGUCUUUGAGAAUUUAAGGCAGCUCUGCGUCCACAGGGUGGCCAACGAGACCAACAGAUCAUGGAUUUGGUGGGAUUAUGUGUCUGAUUUUCAUAUCAGGUGUUCCAUGAAGCAAAAGAGAUAUAGCAAAGAAUGUGCAGAGGAUGUCAUGAAAUCACUAGAUCUCCCAACAGAGAAGAUAAACAAGUGCAUGGGUGACCCUGAAGCUGACACUGAAAAUCAAGUCCUCAAAGCUGAACAAGAUCUUCAGGUUGGACAUGGAUUGCGUGGUGAUAUUACCAUCUUACCAACAAUGGUCAUAAAUAACGUUCAAUACAGGGGUAAGUUGGAGAGGAGUGCAAUAUUGAAGGCUAUAUGUGCUGGGUUCAAGGAGACGACUGAUCCUCCUAUUUGCUUGAGCGGAGAUUUAGAGACAAAUGAAUGCCUUGAAAACAAUGGUGGGUGCUGGAAGGAUUCAACAUCAUCAUCAAAUAUAACAGCAUGCAAGGACACGUUCAGAGGAAGAGUUUGUGAGUGCCCCAUGGUCAGUGGUGUUCAGUAUGAAGGAGAUGGAUAUACGUCAUGUCAAGCUGUUGGACCAGGAAGAUGUUCGGUGGACAAUGGAGGCUGUUGGUUGGGUACAAGAGAUGGAAAUAAGUUUUCAGCAUGCUUAGAAUCGAAUUUAACGGGGUGCCAUUGCCCGCUUGGUUUCCGUGGGGAUGGUCACCAAUGUGAAGAUGUGGAUGAAUGCAAGGAAGGUAUCGGUUGCCAAUGUGAAGGGUGCAGCUGUAAGAACACAUGGGGUGGGUUUGACUGCAACUGUAAUAGAGGUAAACUCUACAUUAAGGAACAGGACACCUGUAUCGAAAGGAACAGCUCUAAACUGGGGGGAAUUCUUACCUUGGUGGUGGUGGCCGUGGCAUUGGGUGCCGGAGUAGCUGGUUACAUAUUCUACAAAUACAGAUUCCGGUCUUACAUGGACUCGGAGAUCAUGGCUAUCAUGUCACAGUAUAUGCCACUCGACAGCAACCAGAAUCAGUCUCUUAUCCACCACGAACAUGACGACCCCCUAACAAAACACACUUCUUCUGUUUAAGCCUUAAGCUGCCGAGUGACAAUGACGAGACACUUUUUACACAGAUUUUCCAGCCAAUAGCUUAAAUACUUGCGGUUCAUUAUUAAACAUACAAAAGAUUGUAGGACAUUUUACUUGAUCUGUAUAUAGAUUGUUUUUGAGUUGUAAACAUGGCAACAAAUAAGAAUUAUACACGCCAGCCCAUUUAUACAUUC